UGUAGAUUAUUAAACUAACAGAUCCUCCAACUCAUAUCUCAAUUCCAAAGGAGUGGCCACGCUUCAUUCUUUUGUCAUUACACAUUUUAAAACAACAGAAUAUGACUCACCCAUUUGUUUUCUAGUAUUUGGAAGGAGGAUAUGUGUCUAUCCGUCUACUGUUUUUGAUCUUUCUUGAUCACCCUUCAAAAAAGUUCAAAACUUUAUUAUUUUUCUCUAAUUUUUUCAUAUCUUUUUCAUCUUUUUUAGUAACUAGAUAAGCAAAACUGCAAAAGUACUAAUGGAUUCUUCAGAAAAAACAAUUGCUCUCCAAAAUCAACUGCAGCAAAGGCAACAACAGGUCUUGAAGUGCCCAAGAUGCAACUCCUUGAACACCAAGUUUUGCUACUACAACAACUACAGUUUGUCACAGCCUAGACAUUUUUGCAAAGCCUGCAAGAGGUAUUGGACAAGGGGUGGCACUUUAAGAAAUGUUCCAGUUGGUGGUGGUUGUAGGAAGAACAAGAGAAUGAUCAAGAGACCAUUCUCAGCCGUUGAUGAUACUCCUAACCCUAAUCUUGAUCCUGAUCUUGAUCACUCAACACCUUUGUAUGGGUUACUACAACCAAACUCUAAGUACCCAAGAUUAUUCAAUACUAGGGUUGUUUCUGAUGUUUCAAGGUAUGAUCUUGUUGUUCAACCUCAAAUGAGUUCUCUUGGAUUAGGGUUUUCAUCAUCUGUGGCUCAUGAUCAUAAUUCAGUGCCAGUUGUUUCAAACUACCCCUCCAUGUUUAAUGGUGGAUUGAUUACUUCUAGCUUCAACAGUGAUCAUAAGAUGUCUUCUUUAUUAGCUUCACACAUUCAGCAACAACCAACAGUUCAAGGGUUUGCACCGUAUGCAGAUGGAGGUGGUUCAGUUGUGAAUGAAGUUCAAAUGGGUACUAGUUUAAUAGGUCAGAAUGAUAAUGAUCAAGUAUUCAAGGGGUUAGAAUCAUCUGAUCCAACUUCUUUUCUAUGGACCUUAACUGGUGGUGAUGGUGGAGAUCAGUGGCAUGAUCCUACAAGCAAUAUUUCUGUUCCAUCUUUGAUCUAGUCACAACUUGGUCAACUGCUUUCUCAUCAACAUAUACAAUAUACCAUCUAAUUAAAUAUUGGGUGCAACAUCUACAAUCUAGAACCAUACAACAUAUCGUGAUUCCUGCCCUCCCCAUUAUUUUUUGCGGCACCUGGUGAUGAUGGGAGACUAGGCGAAUAGGUGGAGAUCGCUAGUUCGAUCCUUGAACUGAGGGGUUUUACCUCACCGCACUGUCGUGCCUUCGGGCAAGUAUUCACGGGCUUCAUCCCUAGGUGAGGGUUUUCUACCAGUUCGGAGGCGAGUGUACCCCGAUGUGAUGAAUUUCGCCAAUAGUCCAUUUGAAGGAUUCGUUGGACUUUUGUUGAGAUAUAAAUAGAGUACUCUAUUUAGUAUUUAUUUUCCAAUGUGCUUCAUUCAAUAAGACACCCACAUAUAAAUUGGAUAAUUUAAUAAUGACUUUAAAGUAAUUAAAAGCACAUGCUUAACUUUUUGUAACCAGAUUUUUAGUCAUCUAUUUUUUUAAACUAAAAGUAUCUCUUUGCUUGGCCAUCAUCUAAAUGCAAUCCGGGCUAUGUACAUUAUUAGAGCCAUUAAUGGUCUUUCUCAUUUGUAUUCAUUUUUUGUUGUAUUUACUUCUAUGUUGAUUG